AGUGCAUGUGUGUUUUUCAAGCAGAGAAGUAGUGAAGAAUGGAGGUGUCAGAGCUUGGGAUUCUGUGAUGCUAUGGGAAUGUAUGUGAACUCAAGGAUGGUGUUUAUUUGAUCAGACGAGAGAAGUCAAACAGCACUUAUAUAUUUUUUUCAGUAAUUAGAGGUGUAAAGUCCUUCUAUUUUGUCCAGCAUUUUCUGCCCUGGAAAAUGCAGGACUGUCUCUCAAAGUCUGUGUGUGAAAAGAGACACACGUACAGACUUGUAUGUAGUGAUUACUUUUUGUUACACAUAUAAUUAUUUGUUAAAGGGACGUGAUCUUUUCAAAAAACACUAUAUUUAUGUGAAGCUCCUGGGCACUGUGCUGCAAGCAACUUUAGGCAAAUAUACAGUGAUUUCAUCUUCCAGGUGAUUACUGCCUACAGAUAAGAUACUCAAAAAAACUUCAGUGAUUUGUAUCGGUGGUUGAAGCCAUUUUUCUUACUCUUUCUGGAAAAAUAGGAAGAGAAUAAUUUCAGUAUCUUAUGGACAACAAUUAGUAUAAUACAAAGCAUGAAGAAAUAAAAUAGUUCAAAUACCAUGGCAUUGCUAAGAGGCCCCGAUAAAUGACUGUGACUAUGACUUGUAUCCAAUUUUAAUCACUGGAAAAUUUUUUAAAUGGCAUAAGCUUUUCUGAGUCCAGUUGUUGCAGAACUUCUUAAUCUGCCAUCCCAGAAAACUGCAUUUUAUUAACCUAGCUGCAGAACUCAGCAGCAACAGAAGAAAAUAAAUAAUUAAAAUUGAGCUCAAGAAGCAAAACGACUCAUGUUUUUUUAAAUGGCCUGGGAAGAACCAAUCCUAUUUCUGAAUAAGGAAAAGUUUUUCAGCAGCAAGCCAAAGCUACUGAUUCACACUGACUUUGUACAGUAUCAGCUAGAGGGUUCUUCAUACUCCUCUGCCAUUGCUGUGAGGGAGACUGUGAAGAGAGAACAGUGAGAAGAGAAAAAGAGAAAUAAGGAGAAAUAAGCUUUCUAGACAGGUUUAGAGUCCACAGUUCUUCUCCUUCUUCAAGGAAAUGACCAUGUAAAAAGUAAAUACCCUUGGCUAAAUGCUUGAAUGAUAAGGCCUGUGGAAAAUACUAGCAAAUAAAAGAGUCCCAGUAUAUUGGAGCCCCAAAAUAACUGAAUUUCUCCAGCCUUCCGUGCUUGUCACUAGCAAGGUGUUUAUAUAUAUAUAUAUUCACAACUUAGUUCCAAAGAAGUUGUAACAGGCACUCAUAAGUGAACUUUAAGGCUUUAGCUGGGUGAAGGUAUGAAGGUGUCAUUGCAUCCCUGCAAAGCAAAUCAAAAGCACAUGGAAAUGUCACUCUAUAUCCUCUUAUUCCUACCUGCUGCUCUGAAAUGUUUGUUUUGGCUGUUCUUGCAUUACUAGAGGUGUGCAAAAGGCCCAUGAAAAUGUAAAUCCCUCCAAGACUAGGAAAAAAGCUGAUUAAUUCCUAUGAGCCAAGCUGGGAGAAAAUACCACUUCUCUGUAUCAGUCUUUCCUCUCUUUAGUCUAGCUGAGUUUACACAUACAGAAAGUUGCUGACAGAGGCAAAUUCUGUAAGUGUUUUUUAGUUGCAAGCUUCACUGUGCUGGCUUGUCUGCAGCUGGGGUGCCAGGUCACACAGAGCUGUGUCUGCUCUAAGUGUGUGGACUUAACAGGACUCUUGGCAGGAUGGGGCAUUUGGAGGACAUUGGGAAAGGCAGUCCAGAGACCAGCUGGAAAUAACUGUUGGGUCUCUGCCAUUGAUCCAGAAAGGGAAAGGUAGAGAGACUUGCCAUGAUUCUCCAUAGCUGUCACAAGCUCCCUCUGUUCCUCCCAAUUUUCUUCAUGUGAGGUCUUCACCUUGCAGUACUUAAAGUUUUGCAACCUGAGCUGACCUGGAAGAGGGUUCACUUCAGGUCAAAAAAUGCUGAAGCUUGGAAACAUCCCGGGACGCUACUUCUGUCAAAUUGACAUCACAGGACUGUUUCUUCUUUCUUACUAGAGAUGGUGAAAAAUUAAGCCAAAUACAAGCAUGAGAAUGAGUUCUAACGAUGGGAAGCAAAAUUGCAUGGCAGAGAAGAAUGUUUCCUUCAGCUGUUCUCUAAGAUGAAUCGACGUGGAGCAGCACUGUCUGGAGGAAUUGCUUUGUGCUAGUGAACUGCCAACAGCUGGAACCACCCACCACUGCCUAUUUAACACCUGAAACUAUUCCUUUGGAUCAUUUAUUCAUGAUUCCCAGGAACAAUGCAGGGAAAUAAGAAACAUACAGAAGGACAUAGUGAUUCCUCAAGUAUUGGGAGUCUACUGGAUGAUGCUGACAGAGAGGUGAGCAGUCUCACAGACCGGGCUUUCAAAAGUUUGUGUGUGGCAGAAUUUGAAGAUUCCUACAAUGAACCAGAUCUUUGCAUUUCACCUGACUUUGCCCUCCAGUUCUCUGCUAAACUUCACCCAGGGACACUGAACCAUACCAUCAAGAAAAGUCAUGUCUGUAGCAAGAUAACACCAAUAAACAAUGAGCAUACAAUAUGGGCUUCAACAUUCCAUGAGUUACCAAACUGUGCUUCAGAGGAGAAAUGGGUUGCUAAAAAUAAUAUCUUUGCCACAGAAAGCAAGAAGCUGAAUUUGGCAGUCCCUGGUCCAAGGAACAAUAAACAUGUUUCAAAAGUGUCCUCAUUAAUUAAGACAUUUGAUAAGACUGUAGACCAAGGGUCAGGAGGCUCCUCGAUAGCACUUAAACAGCCCACUAAGAAUAACUUUCAAAAAUGUAAAUUAAAUCAUGGAAGCAAUGUGGCUUGCUGGGAUAACACGGACAUUUUAAGCAUCCACAAGGAACUUUCUGAAUUUUCUGAGGCUAGUCAAGGUAGCCUCUGUCUCAGGGGAAAACAGGAGCCACAUGAAAGACAUAAUAAGAUAGACAUGAAUUAUUGUGACUCUGAUGGUUAUUAUCCUGUACUGAUUGAGAUGUCAAAAGUAGCCAAGUCGAAUUUUUCCCGUUCAUCUAAAAAGGCUUUUAGAAAGAGAAGUGUGAAAGUUAAUGAGCCAGCAAAAAAAGGUAAUUUUCUUCACAGUGAAAAUAGUGCUUUUGAAUCAUGGAAGGUUCACCAUAAAAAACUAACUGAAAUUGAGAAGUUUGUUGAUAUAAAAACAAAAAAGGAAGGUCUUGCACACCUGGAGGAAGCACCAUUUAGUAAAGGGUCACAAAUACAAGAACAGAAAUUCAAGAUCACUGUUGCUAAGAAGCAGGAGAAAGAUUUUCAGAUGGAGCCAACUCCACCAGAAGCUACUUUCAGCAUCCAUCUCCCCCCUCUACACUUGCCUCAGGGCCCUCUCCCUUCAGAAAUUCUUCCUCCCUCCCCCACCCCAAGGAUCCACGGUCCUCCUCGGCCACCCCCUGUCCAACAGGCACUUUCUCUUCCACCCUCCACUCAGCAGGGUCAUCCUCCAACACCUCCUACUCCUGAAGCCCCUCCUGUGCCACCACCCAUAAUACCAGAUCAGCUUUCCCCCCUUGUCACGUCCCAAGCCUCUGUCUCACCCCAGUCUGUGUCCUACAGGAUUGUUUCUCCCCCAGCCAAGUCACAGGCACCUAGCCCACCUCCACCAAGACCCCAGACAGCCUUAACCAAAGAGGAGACAUCAAGUCCCCAACUGGGCAUUACCUGUCCACCCUGGAGGAGACAUAGGACUACAAAAGGGGCAGCAGAGAAGGGUCAGACUUCAAAGGAGAAGUUCAGAGCCAGCAAUGAGAUGGUUUCAUUGUCUGAAAAGGCAACUGGUGCUGAAGCUGAUCUGGUUGUAUCUCCUCUAGCUAAACAGGUAAACUGCUCUGGAUUGAUCAGUCCCUCUUUCAACAUCACUGAACUCUUAACACCCAUCAUUCAAUCAAAACAGGAGGUAGACCCUGCAGAAAGUGAACUGAUCCCACUGACACCUCCUCCCACUGAGAGCGAAGCAGCGAGAAACCAUGAGGGGACAGUGUUUGGUGACUACAGGUCUCAGGACAGUUACAAAUCAAGAGCAUCGAGUCUGUUAUUCAACUUGAAGGAUGUGCGUAAACAUGUUAAAAGCAUUUAUACCCCUUCUCCCUUGUUAAGGGCCUUGGAGGAGAAAAAUAAAACUAGGGAAAAUGCACAGGAGAGCACAAAAAUUAAUGCCUCACUCUCAGCACUACAACAAAAAAGUAACAAAACUGUUGCAGAGAAAGAUGAAUCGACUGAUACAAUCUCUGUAUUGUCAGAUGAAAAGGACAAUAAAACUGCUUUAAAUAGACAUUUUACAGACAAUUACCUGACUCUGAGUUCAUCCCAGUCAACAGUGGACCUUUCGUUUCACCAAACUGGAGGUAACAUACAGGAUGAUGAUUCAAAACACAAAGAUGUGGUUAAAAAUACAAAUGGUAAUGAAAACUUCCCCUUGUUGAGCCAUGAAUCAAAUGAAACUGAUUUAAGGAGAAGUCUGCAGUAUCCAGCACUGCAACCAUUCAGUAGAGACAAUGCAGAUACAACAGCUGAGCAGCCUGCAGAAAAUCCCAAUGUCCAGGGUGAGGAAAAUGACAGUCUGGUUGCUGAUCAGAGUGAAGAGUCGGCCUUCAGAACACUCUCAGAGCAACUGUCACCUGCAGAAGAUGUGCCUUACAGUGACAUCCAAACCAGUAUGGUGGAAACUGGCCAUGAAGCACAAGGGAAAAGAAGCAGUAGCUCUUCGGAGGAAUCUUUCCUCUCCACAGUAGAGCAGCCACUUCAGGAGGAGCCAUUUCCACCAGUGCCUCUGAUGAAGGAGGAAAACCUUCAGGAAACCCAGAGGACUAAAAGUGGAAUGGAUGCAGACAGUAAGGAAAACCACAAGGAGGGAGGGGAAGAGACUGGAAAACAUGAACUGCAGUAUUAUGCUUGUAUCAGGUCUGGUACUGGUGCAGCAGAGAAGAGGGAUGGCAGGAUUGCUGGGAAUGAACAGAGGAGCUUGCUGGCAGAGCAGCUAAGGAGGGAGAAAAGGGAAGAGCCCAACAGCAUGGAUUCUGCUUCUGGAAGUGUAAAGGACAUGUCCAUUCCCAGGUGUGAGGAGCCGCAAACAACUCUGUCUUCAAGCUCAACUAAACCCAGUUUGUUUAUGAUUAAAGAUAACACAUUCAGGUCACCUCAGGUAAUAAGGACUGUCAAGAUGCCUCUGUUCAGGUCCUUUUCCCUGGAUGAUACAGUGAGCAGCAAUUAUAAGGAAAUGGAAAGUAGGUUUGUACUCCCAGGAGAGAGCAACAAGCAGCGCCGAAAUAUGUUGCAUGCCCAGGAGCCAGGCUGGUUGGCAUUGAAGGGCAGAGGGCAGCAGAAUGUGAGGGAUGGAUCAACUGAGAGAGGGAAAGUGGCCAGUGUACCUGGAUCUACUUCAGGAACACUGGAUCCCUAUCUUUUGAAAGAUACAGAGAACAUUUCAUUAGGGAAACAGAUGGAAGAAGGUGAAGAGACUCAUGCUUUGUUAAAUGAAGUUGGGAAAAAGAAUGAGGAAAGUGUCUGUGGAAGGAAAGAGAAGGCACAGACUAGGAAGGCAAGAGAGAGCUUAACACAGCCAAAUUUAGGUCUGGAAAAUGACCAAGCACAGAGCAACCUCAGCUGUCCUGUAGAAAGAAAGAUUAAUUACUUUAAGAAUCACCAUUUAUCUAAUCGCAGAGGUGGCUUUUGUACAAAAAAAAUAAUCACAAAAGAGACCAUUUUCCCUGCCACUGGCUCCAUGUCUGAGGACCACACAUACUCUCCUGUAUCCCAUGAACCUUUAGAGGACAUCCCCCAAAUGGAAUGUGCACCAGUUUUGUUAGACAACCUUGCAUGCUCUGCGGCUGUAAAUCCCAAACCAAGCAGCACAAUGAACUCUAUUUCUGCAAGUCCAUCAUCAGGCAAGCCAACAAGAGAAACAAAGGAUGGUAUAAGCCCUGCUGUGCUAAACAUGGCACUAAAGAGCCAAGCUGGUAUGUCUGCUGAAGAGAAAAUUGAUUCAGCACAGAGGAAUCUGCCAUCUGAUUCUACAGGUGAAGAUGAGAGACUGUACCCCAGGGGACUUGGGGAGGCAGCAGCAGGAAAGCCUCCUGCUGUGCCACCAAAAACAGAAAAAGCUCUGCGGCGGGCCAAAAAGCUGGCAAGCAGGAGAAAGAAAAUACAAGAGAAUCAGAAAAAACAUCAGAUUGAGCAUAUAGAUGCUGUAGGGAUAAGGUAUUCCCAGUCGCAAGAGACACUAGCAUCUCCCUUACCCUUGGAACAUUCUCCUCUCCAUCCUACCCCUCACUCAACUUUUACUGCCACAGAAACCAGUAUAGGAAGACUCAGUAGUGCAUCAGCAGCAAGCUCUUCACCCUCUUCAACCCAGCGAAAACUCCUCCAAGACCCUGACUCUGGCCAAUACUAUGUAGUUGAUUUACCAGCUGAAGUUAAUUUAAAGACAUUUUAUGACCCAGAAACUGGAAAAUAUGUUCAAGUCUCAGUCCCUUCUCUGGAAAAGAACUUAUAUCAGAACCCCUCUUUAGAAAUUAAUAAUUCUCCCUAUGCCUCCUACCCUAGAGUGCUGCCUUUACCAGCUUCACCUGUAGUAGUGUUAAAAUCACCUUCCCAGCAUUCGGAACCUAACUGGUUAAUGCCAGCAUUACCAGGAGAACCAGCAGAACUACCUGCAGAUGGCCUGCAGGACUAUGGUUAUGCUGAAGCUGUGGAUAACCAGCCCCCCUAUAUUGAACCAGCCUCUUACCCUUACAGUCAAGAAGCUGAAGAAACUCAAGUUCACUUACCAAAGGACUUAAGUCCAACCCCAAACACUAACCUAGUGUCUCUCACUGAUUUAGAUGAUUUUGCUGCUGAAGGAGUAUCUUGAAAACUAAAGUAACAAAAUACGACAGGUAGUGUUUUUAAGAACCAUUUGGAUCGACACACACACACAAAAGUUUCUACAACACUUUUUGUCUGAAUCCCCUUGUCAUUUGGGUAUAAAGGAAAAUGAAAGCUGACCACGCUGAAAGAUGUGAGGUUAUGAUCACUUUGAAGAAGUGUGAAACUGAGUAAGCACUAAAGUAUUAGUGAGAUGAAGGGGCAAUGCCAGCUAAACCAGUAAAUACAGCAGUAUGAAGCUGCUGCUGCUGCUUCUGCUCUGUCAUUGUGAUGGCUGGUGUGGCCAAAGCAAGUAUCCUUUUGCCCAGAUGCACUGCAUGAUCUAUGACUCAAAGCAAAGUCUAUGAGACCAUCCUGUCCCUCCUAUGAGAACUGGGGAGAUGAAGCAUCUAGCGAAGGUUUCUCACUCACUGCUUUGAACUAUAUUGAGAAGUAGAAAGUGUGUAGGUACAAAUAUGUCAUUAACCCAAGACUGAUUUUUUGCACAAAUUGAUUGCCCAGAUGUUAUAGACAAGAAGAUUGUAUAUUGGAUGCACAGUUCAACAGCCAUGUAAAAAAAACUUCAAAGAACCAGAAUACAGUUGCAGCUGCUCUAGGCUUCUCAUAUACUUCUGCAAUGUCCACUAAUAUGCUGCUGAAUUCUUUGUAUUUCUUUAUAAUCUCCAAAUAAGUUUCCUUAGAGUUGAGCAUUAUUUGUAAUGCAGUUUAGAACUUCAUCUUGAUAAUUGGCCUGAAAUAUUUUAUUAAGAAGUGAGGUUGAGUGAAAUCCCGUAACAGUAUUUAAUGUUUUGUUAAGAUGAGAACACCUUUGCUUUUUAUAAUUGGAGUGCUUUUUCAGUUUGUUUGGUUUACAGGCUCCCAUGAAAUACAGUGCUAACUGUUAAACCUGAAAAACAUUAUAGGUAAUUUUGAUCUUGUGAAUUCUGUGAUUAAAAAGAAAAAAAUGAGAGACAAAAUAUACAAAAUAUUAAUUUCUAUAAAAGUGUUUCUUUGGAUUAUCACUUUUCUUUGAAAGACCUUUAUCAAAAUAUCACUCAUCCUUGCAUAAGUUCCUUUUUUUUUCCAUCAUAGAAUAAUGAGAAAACAUUGUUGAAAAGACAGAAAAAUUGAAUGUAAUAUGCCUGAUUAUAAAUAUCUCUAUUUGGAGUAUUGGUUUUCUUUUUCUCUGUCUCAUUAUCAUGCUGUUUUCCCCAAUUAAAAAUGUAGAGAAGGAGCUCUAAGAAAGAAGUACACCUCUGGCUUUCAGCCUGAUUCACAUCUCAGGCUGUUUUUACAAGAUUGUUUUCCUGGAAGCAACUCUUCAGUACUUGAAAAGAAAGGGAAGAAUUGGGUCUUUUGCUAAAAAAUAAAAUGUGAAGAUGGGAAACAGGCACUGCUCCACUCUCCCAGUUUUAGUAUUUAUGAAAGAGGUUUUCUUCAGUAAAUUCUUCAUUUCCCAGGACUGAUGCUGCCCUCAGGACACCAACCAAUACCUGGUGGUUUGGCUUCCUCUCUAACCUGAACUCAGCUCCCGGCCCUCCACCAUCCCUGACAAACACCAUGUGUUCAGAAGCUGUCCUGAAUCCAUCAGACAAGUCCUUUUUUCAGUGCUAAUUGCUAAAACAUUUCCCACAGAGAGGCUACAGAGACACUAAAGGCAUUUUUUCGUUGAUUUCAGCAAGAUUGAGAUUUGGCCUUCUGUGAUCUUCUAAAAUCUGUUUUAUCUGUUAUGCAUUUUUGUCAAAUAUGACAGGGACAGUUGUAGCAGAUGUGCAGUGUGGAAAUGGAGAAGCUUGUGCUGGUUUGGUUUGGGGUUUGAGCACAUUCACCCAAAUGUCCAUAUUUGAACAACAUUUAUUUUCAGUCUCCAUCCUUCAAAUUUUUCAAAUCCCUGAACUACCUGGGCUGGUCUGAGAGAUGACCCUCCAAGCAUCUCCUGAGAUCUCUUGCAGCCUGAAUUAUUUUAUUAUCCUAUUCUGUAAACAUUAACAUUUUUUAACCAAUUUUCACUAGAAACUCAAAAAAAUGUAGUCCCCCUGGGAAAGGACUACUUUUGAAAGAAAAAAAAAAAAAUUGAAAACUAAGAGUGUUUCAGGAACAAAGAUCAGUUUUCAAAUUGUUAAAUUUAAGGAAGUGUCACCUAUUAUGAAUAUUUUUCCUUAUUUGGGGUCACAAAUGCUUUUCUAAACUGACAUAGUGCUACUGGUAUUGCACUUCUCUGUUGCUCUCCCUCUAUACAAUAUAAUGUCUACCAGGUAUGAAGCACAAUGUCAUCUACAUGUUAAAAUAUAAAUAAACAGAUGUAUUUAAAAUUUCCAUAAUAUAUUUAGACAUAACCUAUGCAAUCUGAAAGACUACCAGAGUGUACAAGCCAUUAUUUUUGUUUGAUGUUACAAAUUUAAACACCUCUAAGAGCCACAAGUAAAGAAGUAGGCAAGUUUUCAGAGAACAGCAUAAAAGCAUGGUUUGCAAGGGAGCACUGUGGGUACAAAGUAUCUGUGCACAGCUAGAAAAGAAACAGUCAUUUGAUAAGCAGAAUAUACAGCUGAAUUUUAAAAAAUCCUUUUUGCUUGGUUAGCUGUCAUUUGUUUUGUAGCUGUACACACUUCUGCACCUUUUUUUUUUUUUUUUUUUUUUUUUUUUUUUGAGGUUCUUAAACUCUUACCAUGGAGAAUGAGAUCCUCCAAUAUACUACUUAGAGGUAUGCAAGGAAAUCAGUGUAUUUUUCACUCUGCUGUGAAGGCAAACUGGAAUGUGGACAUCUGAAAAGGAGAGAGUCCUAACUUGGAUACCUAUUACAUUUUAAGCAGGACUUCUUUAUUUUGGAGAAUACUGUUUACUAGCUUAAAAGCUGCAUUCACAGCAGACCAUGUCUCUAAGCAUACCUAUGUCCCAGAGGGAAUUUUGAACUAGAGAAUUUGGAGCAACAAAACUGGGAAGUUUUGAAAACAAAUAUUAAAGUGGUUCUCAUCAUGUAUCUGGAGCUUUCCCUAGAGCACUUAUCCACAGGGAGUGAAUGAUGUUAUAAAAGUGCUGCCAAUACCAGCCUGGUAUUGACUCCAUUUGAGUGUGAAUCUAUCACCAAACCUGUCUCUGGCCUAGACUAUGUUCUUGGCCAAUGUCUUGCUAAGUCAGGGGAAUGUCUAUGUACAAACACGCAUGUGCAUACACAUAAACAAUCCUACAUAUCUAUAUCUAUCUAUUGGUAUAUUACAAAUAUAUUUUAUAUCUAUUCAUAGAUAGAUAAAUAGAUAUUAUAUAUGUGUAGAUAGAUAUGUAUACAUAUAUAAUAUACCUAUAAAACUGCCAUUUGCAUAUCAGUAUAAGACAGCAGUAAUAUCUGUGGUCAUGAACACAAAAUGUGUUAAAAGGAAGCCAAAUGACAACCUUUCAAAUAACAAAUAUUUUUCCUUCCUUUCUCUUUUUUGUUUGUGCUUGUUGUUUGAUUGGGUUUUUUUCCACAUUGCUACUGUGGAAAACCCACAAGGCUGAGGUCCGUACUAGGAAAAAAUUACAGAGAAUUGACCUUUUUCUUUUGGGACAGGGAGACUAUGGGAAAUGUGCAAUAGUCAUUAAAGCAGCUGUAGGAGAGCACUGUUUCAUGAUGUUAAUGUAAUGACAGUGACAUUAAAUCAUAGGUUGAAGAGGUGUUGAGCCAAGCUAAGCUGAAUUCUGCCUUUGCCAGCAGCUGGUGGUUGGGACUAAAGAACACAACAGGCUCUGCAUUCACAGAAGCACAGCAGCCUUAAGGGAAGAGGGAACCAUAGCUUUCACUGCUCCCUUCUCCUGAAAAUGGUCUUUUUUUUUUUUUUUUUUUUUUUUUUUUUUGCAUGUUGCAUUUCUGGGUUCUCUGAGGUUCAUUUGUUGCAAUAGUUCUUCCUUGGCAGAUAUGAAUACAGCCAAACAUGGCUUACUUAGCCUUUGGCUCUUGGGCCAGAACAGCCUCCCGUAGACCCUCCUUCUGGGGCAACUUUAAUACCUCCCAGCCCAGUUAUCACAUGACAGACUUGUAAGGCCAUCCCACAGCCAUGGUUCUAUCCCAAGAGUUUGAAUUUUGUCAUGCAAGAUGCUGGGUUUGUUUUAGAGGGUGCAGUUUAAAUGAAAUGGCCUACAUGUGUGGAUUUUUAUCUACUUCUUGGGUGUUCAGUGCCUUCCUGAGUCAUCUGUUCAAGAAAAUGCACAUCAUCAUCACAGUCCACCAAUGUAACUAUAUUUGCAAAUACAUAAUUAUUUAUUAAUUAAUAAACAAAAUCAAUGAGACUCAUUUACAAUACUGGAAUGAUUUCUAGACAACCUUUUCAUUGUAAUUAUGUCUCUCUCACUGUAACUUUAUCUCCAGUUACGAUGGCAGAAAAAGUUGACAACAUGGAAGCAUCUGUGUGCAUGUAUGUGGUACACAGUUUAAAUAUCUAGAUGAUUGGAUACAGGGCAUCUGCUCCCUUCCUCCCCCUCAUAAAGAGAGGGAGCAGGAGGCUGGAGAGAAAAAACUUUAGCCCAGGACUCUUGCAGUCAUUCCCCUCCCUGCUGUACAAGGGCAGCAGUCUGGGCAGACACCCUGGGGGUGUGAUGCCAGCAUCCAGUCCAGCAGCACUGGAAGAGAAUCACCACCUUGCCACCACCCAGAAGACAUCAGGAAUUUCUCAUUCGCUGUGCCCUGUCCACUUGAGGGAAGUUAGCAGGUUACCAGGUACUUGAUAUAACUUGCUAACCAGUGCUGCAGACUGUAUGUACUCUCCAAAGUCUUGUGAGUGAUGGUUUUACAUUUCUCUUGGUUGGAAAAGACCUCUGAGAUCAUUGAGUCCAACCCUUGAAACACAGCAGAACCUCUUCUCAGUGAGAUUUUGGCUCAGUUCUGGUCUAGACUAGCAAUUUAAAUCUGCUCUUCUUUGAUGCCUGACUAUCCAAGCAGUCCUUGCUGACAGUGAAAGUGUAGUUUGGGUACAACAUAAAGGUUGGCUAGCUAUGUUUUUACUAGAAAUACAUUGACAGAUUUGCAUAUCUGUAUUUUGUGAUAUACUCUGUUCCUUUGCAGAGUAAAUAAUGAACUCCAAGGCUGAUCCUCUAUCUCACUCCCAAGCAGCAUCAAAAGCUGGCAAAAGUGUACGUGAUGGGUUAGAUGGGCUCUAGUGAAUUUCUACAAAUGUGUAAUUUGGAGCAAGUGGUGUACAUCAGUCAUUUUUAUUAAGGAAACUCUGCUUCAGAGCCUGAUAAGAGAUGAAAAGAACACUUGAGUAAAUUGAACUUCAGUGUGGGGUUGGGUUUUUUUUUUUUUGUGAAAUGUUCAUUAUAAAAACAGAGGUCAAUGAUUAAUUUAUUUUGCCUUUAGGGUGAUUAUUCUGGUUUUAGGGUGAUCUUACACUGACCACUGUCCUCCAGUAUUAAAGAUAAUAUUGUAAUUAUUGGUUUUAAAUGGGUAGAGAAUGACUGAAAAUGACCUGUGGUCUUUCCUUUUUUCUUUUUUAUAUUCUCAAGGUUUUCAUUAUGCUGAUUUUUUUACAUUAAAUACUCAGGUCCUUAGUACUCUUUGGCCAAUUAGAGACUUGUUUCUAAUUGCUCUUGAACAUACUUAGAAAGCAGCAUUUCAAUAGUGCAGAAGAGAAAUCAUUUAUGUCCCAGUUGCCUAGAGCUCUGUGUUUUAAAGUGGAUUUAACUCAAGCCUUUGGGAAAAAAAGGCUAGAAAAUAAGCUCUUUCCCACAUGGAAUUCCAUAUCAAAUAAAUCAGGAUCCAGGGUACUUUGCAAGGAGAUGGGGAAGACUUUGUGAGAAACAGACACAACCUCAAAAAUCCUUCUAGUGAUAGAAAGAAGCUGAACUCUAACAGAAAGUAAAAAAGCUGGAGACAUGCUUUGAAAAGCCAAGGCUUGUUGAAGUCAAGCUGCCUGCCAGGGUAACUCUGCUUGGACUCCCUUGUCCUCGAGCUCCCCAGUGUGUUCACACUCCUGCAUUCAGUGUCAGAGCCUCAUCUUCUCACAACUGCCCUUCCAGCUGCUUAGAGCUGGCUUAGGGUAUGGUAACAUUCAGAGAACACAGAAAGGCUCCCUCUGUUUUUUUGCUGUGCCAGAAAUGCCAGUGUUGUCACCAGCAACAUGAAGCAUCCUGGGUGAGCUACAGUGGCCUUCUUCAGGAUCUUCUUUACACUGACAGGCCACAGAUGGCAGACAGAUUCCGAGACAAACAGCAAUCCCUCUUUCUAUUCCCAGCACUGGUAAGCUGCAGAGGAUGUGAACUGGAUCUGUCCCAAGAGAGAUCGUUUCUUCAGUUGCACUGAAAUUCCUGAAAGUCUGUUGGCAGAAUCAGUUUUUGUGGGUGAGAGCAGCUUCCCUGGAUCAAGUAUCCUGAGACUGUGUCACUUCCCAAGGAAUAUGGAUGGAAAUAUUUCAAUAUUAUUCUGUGCCAAAACUGGCUGUGGUUUUUUGAAGUCUCAAACAGAAAAAGUCAGAAAGAGAUUUAAAAAAGCUAUAUUACGUUAUUGUUGCUAACACAUCCAUACAUGGAUGUAUGCCUAGAUAGAGAUAUAUUGAGAUACGCCCACAUGUCAAUAUGAAAUUAUAGAUAUAGUAGUAGUGCUCAACAGAAGUGUCUGGACAUGAUUUACAGAGUGCCCUUGAGCUGUCCUUUGCAUCUCCCACCUGUUGGUUCACGUAUCCUGUUAUUUGCAGGGUCUGCCCCACAGGAGCUCCAUUUUCCCCUGGGCUUCACAUGUGCUCUGGCAUGUUCCACUACCCUGGGAAGAUGAAUGAUCACCUCUUUCCAUAUUCUUGCCUUUGCUUAAUACUCCCCCUUCAUGAAACCACAGCAUUAUCAACCCAAGACAACAAACACUUCUCUUGGCAACAGGAUCAUUCCCAACAGUCCAACCCAGCAACAUAACUUACCCUACCACUAAUCCUAAUAGCAUUUAACUUCUUACCUUAGCAACCAGAUGAGCCCUAACAUAAACCAAACAGGAUCAAAUACCAGCUGAAUUACUGGCCCAAAAACCUACUGACACAGCCAAGUCACCUGAGUGCAUCUUAGCAGGAGUUUUCCAAUAAAAGAGGUUCUCUGCUGGGGGAC